AUGUUGAUUUUUAAUUUGUCCUUGUCCUCGACAUCGUCGUCUGAUCCACUUGUUCGUUCGACAAAUUCUGGCCGCGUUCGAGGAAUCGAUUCAUAUUUUCGUACUGCCGAUUCUCCACGCCUUCAUCAUGUUCGCGCGUGGCUUGGUAUUCCUUUUGCUAAGCCACCUGUUGGUAAACGUCGUUUUCGAGCUCCCGAACGUGUUGAUCCAUGGCCGGGCAUUCUCAAUACGACACAAUUUCCAGCUACUUGUUGGCAAACUGAACAGAUCGUUUACAAUCUCGAAGCAGAGAAAAUCUGGUCGCCGAGUACGAACUGUAGUGAAGAUUGCUUGUAUUUAAACAUUUGGGUACCAGUGAGUGAUACUGAAACAAGUGAACCUUUAGCUGUCUUAGUGUGGAUUUACGGUGGAGCAUUUGUCACUGGCUCAAGUGCAUUAGAUCUUUACGAUGGACGAAUUUUGGCAGCGACGAAUAACAUUAUUGUUGCUUCAAUGCAGUAUCGUUUACAAAGUUUCGGGUUUUUGUUUCUUGAUCGACCGGACGCGCCUGGAAAUCAGGGUCUCUAUGAUCAAGCUCUUGCCUUAGAAUGGAUUCAUCAUAAUAUCGGUUUCUUUGGUGGUGAUAGUCAACGAAUAACUCUCUAUGGUGAAUCAGCUGGUGCUGUAUCGGUUGGUUUUCAUUUAUUAUCACCACGUAGUCGAUCGCUAUUCACCAGUGCUAUUCUACAAAGUGGAGGACCUACUUGUAACUGGGCAUAUAUAACAGCUGAAGAAGGUCGUCGACGUUCACAGAAAUAUCUGAAUGAGUUCUAUUCUCUGGUCACCAAACGUCUGUCUAACGAACAGCAUCGAGAUGAACAAGAGAAAAUACCCGACGUUUGCAAACGUGGCUCUCAUGUCGACGAUAUCAAUGUUAUGUUCGAGUGUGCAUUAAAUUAUCCAGUUCUUGAUGAAGAACAUUAUGCUUACAUAACAAAUGCAGAAUAUACAAUUCAAGACGGUGGUCCAAUGUUCUUUAUGUUGAUGCCAGUCAUUGAUGGAACUUUUUUGCCACAAAAUCCAAUAAAAAUGUUGAAAACAGGAAACUUUAAAAAAUGUCCACUUCUGUUAGGCGCCAAUCGUGACGAAGGCUCGUAUUUUAUGGUCUAUGCUCAAGGAAACGAUAAAACUCCUGGAAAUGCCAUGCCAGACGUAAGCUAUGCUACAUUUAUUAAACAUCUCGAACUCUAUUACAAUUAUAUCCCAUCUUAUCCAUACAAAACACCUCGAAUCAUCUACCAAUCGUUAAUUCAAAAAUACACAGAUUGGGCUGAUUGGUCCAACAAUGUACGAAACGCAGUUAUCUUGAGUUAUGCCGUAGGCGAUGCACAUUUUACGUGUCCAACUGUAGCUGUAGCGAAUGCUUAUGCGACACAGAAUAUGUCAGUUUACUUCUAUCAUUUCGUCGCUCGACCAUCAACAAGUGAUUGGCAUGCAUGGACAGGUGUGAUGCACGGCGAUGAGAUUAUGUUCGUCUUUGGCGAACCUCUCAAUGCAACUGAUAGUAAAUUAUAUAGACAGGAGGAAAUCCAACUAGCAAGAAGAAUAAUGGGCUACUGGUCAAAUUUUUCCAAAUAUGGAAAUCCUAAUGGUGACUCAAGUGUUGCUACUCGUGAUUGGCCAAAUUAUAACUACCCUGAACGUGCACACAUCAUACUUGAUACGUUGAACAAAUCGACCGGUAUUGCUCAUCGUGCUGAUUAUUGUGCAUUCUGGGAACAUUACGUGCCUGUACUAUUAGAAGAAUUCGAACGAUGUGUUAUUCAUGGUCCCUCGUCGUUAUUAACUCAUGAAAAAUAUUCAACUUCAUCAAGAAUUCAUUCUUACACUUUUCUGUUUCUCCUUUCGCUGACGAUUUCAUUGUCACGACUGAUUUGA